AUGGACGCAUAUCAAAUAAACUUUGCUGCCUUAAUCGGGCUCUGCGGCGCACUUUUCCUCGCCCAGCCCAAGGCAAAGGAGGCGACUUCAGAGACGAAAGGGAGUAAAGCGGGCGACAAACAGACAAAAAAGAGUGCCGACAAAACAGACGCGUCGCAAUGGCCGUUUCUGGUGGUUUUCUGUCUGGUGAUGGGAUCUGACUGGCUACAGGGUCCUUUUCUCUACUCCCUCUACAGGGAAGAGCAUGGCAUAUCGGCCUCGAUUGUGUCGACGCUCUUCACCACGGGGUUCCUCUCAGGUGCCGUCAGCGGCUACUUUGUCGGGACCCUGGCCGACAAGCACGGGCGCAAGGCCGCCUGUCUGCUAUUCUGCGCUGCCUACGCCGCCUCAUGUCUUCUCACCACUAUCCCAUCCAUCCCACUGCUCUUCGCAGGUCGUGUUCUCGGCGGCAUCAGCACGAGCAUGCUCUUCAGCGUCUUUGACAGCUGGAUGGUGACCGACUUUCAGAACCGAAAGCUCGCCGACAAGGGAGGCGACCUUUCGCGGACAUUUGGGCUCAUGAGCACGCUCAACAGCGUCACUGCGAUUGUCAGUGGCGUCUUCAGCGAGUGGAUCGUGGCCGUGACUGGGACUCGCAGGGCGCCGUUCGUGACGAGCAUGCUGCUACUGGGAGUCGCCGCAUAUUGUAUAUCCUCGAAAUGGGCUGAAAACUAUGGAGAAUCUGCCAAACAAGAAAAGAAAAAGGACGACAAGGCCGAGGUCAUUGUCGACCACACCAACAAGCUCUCGCACAUCCUAACCGACCCCAAGAUCAUAGCCUUGGGCCUCGCCUCAACCAUGUUCGAAGGUUCCAUGUACCUGUUCGUCUUCUUCUGGUCGCCCGCCCUUAACGCGGCCAAGACUAACGAUGCCGGCCUGCCGUACGGCAUCAUCUUUGCUUCCUUCAUGGCCUCUGGCCUGGCUGCCUCGCUCUUCUUCAACGUCUUUAUGGAACGCGGCCUGCUGCGUUACAUAACGCUCAUGAUUAUGAUCCUCGGCGCUGCCGACGUCUGCUUCGUGUCGCUCUCGGGCGCGCCGAGGUCGGAGCAGUCGACCUUUUGGAUCUUUUGCGCCUUCGAGGCCUGCGUCGGAAUGUACUGGCCCUGCAUGGGCCUGCUCAAGGGGAAACUCAUCAGCGACGGCGCCAGGGCCCAGGUCUACUCGGUCCUCCGCAUCCCGCUCAACCUGUUCGUCGUCGUCUCGCUCAUGCUGACCGAGGGAGACGCGGGCUAUGCGCAGGUGUUUGGGGCCUGCUCCAAGCUGCUGAUGUUUUCAUGCUUGGGGCUCGGGGCUAUGGUUAUGAAUGAGGAACAUUUGCCUUGA